GGACAAUUUAUUUGCAGCCUUGUGAAUGAUGUGAUGAGUUUCGGAGGUUACAUCAAAGAGUUAUUUCCUCCAGGAUCAGUAAUAACGUUCUAUACAAAUGUGGACAAACGGUCAAAGUGACGUUCUAGAAAAUCAUUUAAAUGGAUGUGGUGGACAGAACUUCGUAAAUAACAGCAGUAGUUUAAGCUCAUACGCAACGUUCAAUGAUUCUGAAUCGAGUCCAAUCCUUGAACCAAGGGACCCAAAGUUUGGUAGUAAACUAUUGUUAUCUAAAACGGGCCUUAAAUGUCCAAUUUGCCAGCAUGAUUUCUGCUUUAGCAUGCUUUUGUGUACAACUGGACAAGAACAAAAUGGCUUAACAGAAAACUCUAUGAAAGUAAUUCGUGAUUUGCAUUCUAGACUUCAUAGUGUUUCACUUGAAUGUACCGUUCUGAGAUCAGAACUUGAAGUUCUUUACAAAGCAUUUAAUUCAAAAUGUCAGGCAGUCAAAAUUUUAACGAGUAAUAAAUUUCAGUCAUCUGAUGAAAAUGGUCAAACGCGAAGUACUGUUUACGCUUCAACUGUUGAAUUGGAAAAGGAAAUAAACAAACUGAAAAUAGACCUUGAAUUAAGUAAAGGUGCUCUGUUAUCACAACAACAGUCGUCUAAAGCAAAAGUUCAACAAUUAAAUAAUGAAAAUGAAAAUUUAAGAAGACAAUUGGAAAAUUUACAACUUAAAACUGGGCAAUUAUUAGAAGAAAAUAUGCGUCUUCUACAGAAGAAUACAAUGUUAGUCUGUUCACCUACAUAUGAAGAACGAGUAGAAAAAUCACCUGAAAUAACCAAUUCAGAUAAAAGUACCAAGUUUUAUCUGAAUAAAAAUUCACUGGAGAAGUUAGCUGAUCAAGACGUUCCACUUACAUCAGAAGGCAUUCUUUAUGUACUAGAAAAUCAAAUUAAAUCACAAUUUCAUGAUAAAAGAACUUCAUUGCCUGAAAUAAAAACAAAUUUAAAAGAUGCUUCUAUUUCUCAGAAUGGAUUUCAAUUAUUUUUCAGUCGUUUACGUUCAUCUAAAUUAGAUAAGAUUUUAAACGUUCAACAGCAACAAGAACGGUCUCAUAAAUCUUUUUAUAUUGAAAAAGAUAGUCAGUGCGAUUUUAAUUCAUUCAUUCAUCAAAGUCCCGGUAUUCGUGAAAUCUCUAUCCCUCUAAAAUGUUUGUGUGUAAAUGAUUCAGAUGAAGUUUGUGAAUGUGCUCGAACUACCGUUAAUGUUCAACGACAACUUUUACAGUAUAAGUGCCAGCUUUCUGAACUGACGAAAAAAAUCAAACAACUUGAACUAUCUGAGGAUGCCCAUCGACAUGCAUUAAAAGAACAAUACGAAAGAAACAAACACAUGUCUGUUCAACUUACCGGAAUUCUCCCAUACACAUCUGAAGAAUUAUUGAACUAUAAUCAUAUAAAGGGAAUAAGUGAUGAACCGAUUGUACAAAAUCAAACAGUUUAUCCACGUAAAAUUUCCAGAUCAUCUUCUAUUCAUGCAAAACAACUUAAGUCUCGAUGUAGAUCAAUGGAACAUGUUUCAUCGCGGAAAUUUUCUGAGGAUGAAAAUAUAAAUACCAUGUUACUGCAUCAGCUUUUACUUCAGAUGAACAAUGUUGCAGAACUUAUCGAGAAACAAAAUCUAAUAUGUGAUAAACGUGUUCGCCGUUCAUCUUCGGUUGUUACAUGAAAUUAUUAACAAGCAAUUCAGUUGGUUUCCUUCUCUAAUGAAAACCGAUUAACAAGUAGUUCCUCAUUACUUGACUUCUGCAAGACUUUAUGUAUAUCACUUCAUUAUUUGCUAAUAAAUGUGUUCUUUAUUCCUGACUAACUUAGUCCUAAACAUUUUUUGCAUGAUUCUCAUAUUUGCAAUUGACUUUACAUUUUAUUAUUUAUUCUUGCAGAUUUGAUUCUCUUAUGUAGAAAUGAUUUUAGCAUGUAUUUUUAUAUUAUUCCACAUGUUAAUUUCAUUAAGAUGGUAUUCAAUCCCUUAAGAUGAUAUGGUAAUUCAGUGGUGAAUAUAUUACUUCACGAAUCUACAAUGUAUUGACAUUUCGCGUGCACGUGCAAAUUCUAAAUAUGUGCAUCUACUGAAUACUUUUAAGUAGUAUAUAGUUAUUUAAAACAAAACAUAUACAGGUUCGUGUACUAUUUUAAAUCAGUACUGUAAAAGGAAGUGACCUUGAGGAAGAACAACAGUAGCGGAAAAAAUAGGAAGAGGAGGAAUAACUGGAUAAUUCUAAAUUUCGUGGAAUCACUUUAACACAGUAAGAAUAUAACGGACGAUUCAACUGAUCAACGUCAAGGAAAUCAUUAACAAUUAUAUGCAAUAAACAGGCAACACAGAAAAAAAGAUACAAAUCAUUAUUGAAAACUUUGAAACAAACUUCGGCAGGUGAAAAUAUCGAUAACUGCUCGAUCAUAGAUUAAAUACUUUAAAAUCUGGAUCUUCAUUAAUUUGUGUAUUCUGAGAUUUGUACGAAAUGAUUAUGUACAAAUAUUUCUAAAUUGUUUGAAGAAAUGAUGGUUGACGCUUCAUAAUUUCUUGCUUUAAAACCAUCAUGAUGUUAACUUCAAUGCGAUCAUCUUCAUAAUAAAUUAUCUAGAAUAAAGUACUGAUCACAUGCACAUAAUAAUCCUUUUUUCGUAAUAAUUGCUUUAAAUAAUUCAGCCCACACAAAUUUCAUUACAUCUUAUAAUUCUAACCAAAAUAAACCUC